GUGGCGGUCAGAAGAAAUAAGUGAUGUGUCACAGGUUUUACACGAGGAGACAGAACUUAAACUAAAACUGAGGAACCGCGACCACUUACUCUCCGAACAGCUUUACAAGGCGGGAAAAGCAGCAGCUCUCCAAACCGUAUCACUGGGAAAACGUCACUCCGAGGCUUACUGUCAUAGUGGAAACUUUUCGCAUGUUUUAAUAUGUGCAAGCGCGGCAUUUAACCCCACGGAAAUCAAUCGUUUGGAAAGUUUUUUCUCUUUUUUGCAACAUGACAUUUAAAUGUGUCUUUUUGACGCACCUGUUACUGCUCUGGGUUGGUUCCGAAACUGGCGCAUCUGAAGCUGCUGGGAGAAGUGCGCGCGACAGCACGACAGACGCGCUCGUGCCCACUGAUGCGCUCUCACAGCAUAUGUACAAACUCUAUGAGAAGUACAACACUGAACCUAACCGGCUCAAAGAGGGGAAUACUGUGAGGAGCUUUAAAGCAAAACCUGAGAAUGUGGAGCAGAGGGUCUCAUACCGGCUGAAUCUCACUUCCCUUCAGGGAUCUGAGGUGAUUCUCUCAUCGACAUUUCACUUCUUUUUUGACAAACGGCCCCGCCAGAGGUCCUGGUUCUGCAAGCGCUUCAAGAACCCGUCUUGUCGCAUCACAAAUUUCCCUCUACUUCCCUCUAUCCGUCUUCUUUUCCGGUCUCCCUCCGUCAACUCAACCACAGGAUCACUGCUUGGAAACCUCACUGUAGUUCCUCACAGACGUGGGACCUGGCAGAGCAAGGAUGUGUCUGUCAUUAUAAAGGAGGCCCGAGAUAGGAAUCAGCUUUUGAUCAUUGUGGAGUUUGACUAUGGAGAGCAGUAUCAAAGGUAUCAGGACCAGCUCUCACCCACCAGUCUUCCAUACUUACUGGUAUAUGCUAAUGACCUGGCCAUUUCAGAGCCCAACAGCGUGGCUGUGAGCCUACAGAGAUAUGACCCUUUCAUCGGAGACCAGCAGCCAGCUCAGUCUCCAGACUCCUCACCUGACAUACGCGUGAAGCGGGAGCUGGAAUUGGACUUCACUGAUCCCAUUGAGAACAAUGAGCUCCCGGAGGUGGAGUACAACAGCUUCAAACAGCAUGAUAUGUGGGAAAGCGCUUACUAUCCGCUCAAGCCAAAGCCGUUCAAAAAAGAACGUCGGAGGAAAGGCCAGGAGCACGCUGAUGGAUUCGGCAAGUCUCAGGUUCUCCGGUUUGAUGAGAAAACCAUGAAGAAGGCUCGGAGGAGACAGUGGAAAGAACCUCGCAGCUGUUCCAGGAGGUAUCUGAAGGUGGACUUUGCAGAUAUUGGAUGGAACGAGUGGAUUUUGUCUCCCAAGUCUUUCGAUGCUUUCUACUGCGCAGGAACGUGUGAAUUCCCUAUUCCAAAGGUGGUCCGCCCAUCCAACCAUGCAACCAUCCAGAGCAUAGUCAAGGCUGUUGGGAUCAUUCCAGGUAUCCCAGAGCCAUGCUGUGUCCCAGAGAAGAUCAAACCUCUCAGUGUACUAUUUGUGGAUGAGAGCAAAAACAUUGUAUUGAAGAUCUACCCCAACAUGUCUGUGGAGACAUGCGCAUGUAGAUAGACUCGCUGGCAGAGGAAGGAAUAACAAACGGGCAUUGUUUUGGUUUUAACACCCAAAUUUACCUUGAAGAGGCAUAUUGUCUUUAGUUGCACUUGGCAGGAAGUGCACAUGUUUUUAUGGACUGUAUUUCAUCUUUUAUUUUAUACAGUAUCUGUGAUAUUUCAUUACUUCUGUUCUAAACCUUUUUCAUUGUGCUAAAUGAGUAACACGAGCACUUACUCUUACACUUAUUAGCUUUUAAAUUGUGAGAAAUUAAUGGCUUAGAUUCCUGGAUGUACAAUAAGGUUUUAUAAGAUAUUGAAUAUAAGCCUUAUCUUUUGGCAGAAUUGUUGAAUUAUGUUGGAAAGUAAAUUAGAGAACUAUUCUAUUAUUCAGAUUAAUGUUGGUGCAGUAACAGAUUAAGAUAAAGUCUUUGUGUGUCUUAAAAAUGUUAGUGUAACUAGAUAUUUGGGUCAUUUAAAAUCAUAAAUGAUCGAGUACAUGUGGAAAUGUGAACCCUUUAAUUCAGGGGUCACCAAACUUGUUCCUGGAGGGCCGGUGCCCUACAGAUUUUAGCUACAACUCUAAUCAAACACACCUGAACAAGCUAAUCAAGGUCUUAGGUAUACUUGAAACAUCCAGGCAGGUGUGAUAAGGCAAGUUAGAGCUAAACUCUGCAGGGACACUGGCCCUCCAGGACCGAGCUUGGUGACCCCUGCUUUAAUUCAUCACACAUUUAAAUCAAGGUUUUAGCAUGAUUGCAAAGCAGUCUCAUAGUAAUAAUCUGAAAUUAGAUUUUAAACAUAACUAACUUUCAAAACACACACACACACAGAUGGAAAUUUUUGUAAAAUAAAUAGACCCUUUUCACAUUUUCUGGUUUCUCAGUAGCAGAAGUUGUCAUAGUUGGGAAAACUUAGAGCGCAGUGAAUGGGAGAGUACAAAAAUAUUUUUUUUACAAUCUUAUUUGCCGAAAUAAUAAAAUAAAAACUCCACAAUGAUGUUAUAAAGACGUUCAGAAAAAGGAAAAAAAAAUAGUGUGAGACUGAUGACGGCAGCCAGAGGAGAGAACAACAUCAAAUUUACUGUCCUCUCCCAUGCUGCAUUUAGAAACAACUCGCAACAGCAGUAAUUCGUUUUUUGUCAUUUGAAGCAAAGAUGAUAUAAUGCAUACAUAAAUACAUAUAAAUGUUCAAACUUUAAAAAAAAUCUAAAUAUUAGAAACUUUAAAGGAUUUACGAUUAUGAUAACCGUUAAUGCGUCAUAACAUGCUUGUAAAAGGGGUCCUUCCCAAAAAGAGAAGUGUUGCUAAUUGCUGAUUGCUGAGGUCACAGACAGUUAGACCUGUUUUUUGCAUUUGUUUUACUUAAAAAGGAGUUACACAUGGGUCCUUUUUUGUAUUCAGACAUGUUUAAUUACCUUGGUUUGGUGCCAUAAGCAAGGCACAUUUGGGCCAAAUGUGUCAGUGUGUAUAAACAAUUGUUCAUUUGGAUUCAAUAUAUUAUAUUUUAGAGAAUGUAUUUUUGUAAAUGCGUUUUAAAUUAUGAAAACUAGCCUUUGAGUAGAAUAAAAUAUACGUUAAACUAUCUGUGUAUUUCUUGCUGCAUACAUGUAUUGUUUUGUAAACUGUUCAUAUUCUUUACUUAACACAAAAGGCAAUGAGAGAAUGGGAAUGUGUUAACUAGAUUGGACAUCAGAAACUUGCCUGGUACAUUAUUUCUUCACCUGGACAUCAAAGACAACCCUCGGUUCCCACCUCCAACCCACUUCAAGAGCAUCAGAUCUCAAAGUGCAGGAAGUUCCAACUCUUACUUCAACAGAUGAUGUCACCCAUUUCAAACUAAUUUGACAUGAAGCCUUUUAAUUCCACUAGGCCAUGAAUGAAACUGAGAAGCAUGUUCUCACAGAACAGAACCCAAUUACUGUCUGCGGUGUCUUUUGUGUAAACACUGUGUAUUGAAUAGCUUCUCUGUGCAGUUGUGGAAAAAGAUAACACUUGAGGAGUGAAGUUGUUUAGAAUGAAGAGAUGUACUUCAAUGUUUAUCCAUAUAAAUAUUAAUUCAAAGCAA